AUGGACAUAUCAAGUGCUGGAGAGGAAUUGGUUGGUAGGAGAAUUAAAGGUUUGGUGGCCCCUGGACAGGAUGUGAGAGGCCGAAUUGCUCUUGCUUUGCGUCUGCUUCUUGCAGUUUUUUCAUCCAAAAUUUCAUCAGAUGUCAAUCAUCCUUUUGGAGACGAGUUUCCAGCUGCUCGUAAAGCAUCUGAAGAAGUUGGUGCUCAAAUAGUUUUGGGGGACCGACCAAUUGAAAUAACUGAAUCUGAUGGAAAUGGUAGUUCUUUGCAGCUUUAUGAGAAGCUUAAUUUCUUAUCCUACCUUGCAUGGUCUCUGAAGCGUAGCAAGGCAGUGCAAGAGCAAGGGCACAUGAAGGUAGAAAGGUUCAAGAAGAACAUUUUGAAGAGGGGUUGUGCCUGA